AUGCCCAAACAUCUUGAACACGGUGUUUUUUUUCCUGGGGGGAAGGGACGUGUCGCUACACUAAGCAGCCCAAGGCCAAAUACAGAGAAACAACUUACUGCUCUACGUGAAGUCAUCGUGGUUAUGCACAAGGCUGUGGAAACUGAGCGUAAGAAACAGGAUAAGAGGUACAGAGCAAGGUAUCACUUCAAGCAAGACGUGAACUUCUCAGUCGGUGAUUACGUGUUGCGAUCACGUGUCGAUAAGAAACUACACGCGAACAAGUUGGGCAUCAUGUGGGUUGGUCCAUAUCGUAUUGUGGCAAGCACCGACUACUAUUUUACGGUAGAGCAUUUAGUCAACGGCAGCAGCAUGGAUGUGCACCCAUCACGCCUCAAGUUCUACGUGGACGACGCGCUCGAUAUUUCCGAGGAACUACUUGACCACAUCGCUUCACAAGGGACUCUGCUGGCGGUUGAAGCAAUCGUGGAGCAUAGGUUCAACGGGGACAUGGACGCCUAUGAGGUGAAAGUGAAGUGGUUGGGUUUUGAACCCAUCGAGGACUCCUGGGAACCCCUGACGACAAUUAGCGAAGAUGUAUCUCAACUGCUGCUAGCAUACGCAAAAAACGCCAACGACGAUGGAUUACUACUCGCAACAACCACGGCUAUUGAUUCCAAGCAACAUAAACGUUCAAAACGCAGCGACGGCUAA